AUGGCAAAGAACAUCGACUCUUCGGCAACAACAACUUACGACUUGAAUGGGAUGUCUGCGGAUGAGAAGAUGUGGUCCAACACUAGCUUUGAUCUUAGUCGCUUAUGCUCCAAUAUCAAGCUACGAGGAAGAAGAAGUCGAACCUUUUAUAUAGACCUGGAGAAGUUCUACCGAGAAUAUCAUGCCUUCUACAAGGUCAUAAUUGGCGAUUUCAACGCCAAAGUUGGUCCGAGAAGAACGCCGGAGAAACUUCACAUCGGGACCCACGGCCUACAAUGGAAUGAUUGGGCAGCACGAGCCGAAAGGAACCAAGAACUCACGUCCGAGCUCGCAAGGCUCUGCAGAGAGGCGAUAAAGGAAAACCUUGAGAAGAGAAGAGCAGAAGUGUUGGCUGAAGUUGUAGAGGGGGGUAAAACCGUCCGCUAUGCCCGUCAAGACUUCACUAGUCGCAAGACAAGGAUAACUGCUCUCCGAAACCCUAAGGGAACAACCAUUGCAUCGAGAAGGGGAAUGGAGAAAAUCGUCUACGAUUUCUACUCUGAUCUCUUUGACAGUCAUGUCCACUUGCCUCCUGACUAUCUAAGGGAAGGCAGAGAUGUCAUUCCAACGUUUCUCGAAAAACGACAUGCUGUCAUGUCGGUAAGAAGUACGGCACGUGUUCUUGACAGAACAAAACCAGAACAGCUGAAGAACCUUUUGCCAGUACUAAUCAACACCCUGACGAGGCUCUUUACACGUAACCUGUCGGAAUACAAGGUUCCUAAACAGUGGAAGACCAGCAAGACUGUGUUGUUGUAUAAAAAAGGAGAUCCACAUGACUCAUUAGAGACGGAAACGGUCAUGGAAGCCUUCGACAAGCAAUGCGUUCAGUACAUAAAGGUAUUUCGAGAGUUGUACAGCAACAUCAUCACAGGAAUUCCGCCAUUCUACAAGAAUAUUAUCAUUGACGCAAAGAGGGGGGUCCGACAGGAUGAUACAAUCUCACCCGAAAUAUUCACGGCCACCCGCGAGAACGCAAUGCGAAAGUUGGAAUGGGCGACAUGGGAGUGA